AUGGAUAUUUGGAUCGGUCUAGUUUUGAAACUUGGAAAAUUUCGUUGGUUUACGGGAGCGGCGUAUUGCUGGAGGUCCGAAAUACCCGCAGAAGAAUUAAUGGGCAAGGAACGGGCACAAGAAACGGAAAGCUCUAUUGUUGGAAGGUGGGGUGGGGUGGUUCGAGUUGGAGUUCCGGACAGUGGGGACAAUUUGGCCGUUCUGUUUGGGAGGGUGCUGGAUUGGUCUAUAGGUGGUGGGAUGACGGAGACGGAGACAGAGAGACGAGAUGAGACGUCGGUCGGUAGAGGUGGGACCGGCGCGCUGACGCCUGACGCUUGA